AAUUAAAAAUAUAAAUAAAAGAAAGUCUCAUUAAUUUGCAUUUUGUAUAAUAAAUGUAAACGUAUUAUUUAUUUAUUUUAUUUAUUUAUCAAUUAUCAUUAUUAUCCACAAAGUAGUGUCCAUUAUACAAAGAAUGAGCAAAAUAGAUAUGGAUUUGUCAGCUGCUGACAUUGAAACCCUAGAAAUUGGAGCAAGUAACAGGAUGGGGGACAAUUCCAUGUCCAUUUUGGACCUUAGCGGGCUGGAUUUGGACGAUCCAGAAACUUGGCUCUAUGUACCUCGCCCAAAGGACCAAAACGACGUGCCAAAGCUCAAAUCAACAAAAACCAUAGACACUCGCACUUUUACCCGUCCAAAAAAGAAAUAUACCAGACUAAGUGUCAACGAUAUUGAACAAAUGUUGACCGAAGGCAAUGAAAUGAUUAGCUCCUUUGAAGAACCUUCAAAGCCCUUACAAUUCGAUUUAAGUCAACCUACAAGUCACAAUUUUGAUAGUUUCAUACUUAGCGCGGAUGCGGACUCGUUUCAAAACAUGUCUCCACCUAGUUUGGUCAACUCCCUUUGCUCAUCCACGUUUGCUAACCUAAUGGAAAACAGCUUUAUAAAAAAUGAUCCAGUUUUGAGAGAAAUACGUGAUAAGGACUUUACAGAAACUGCUUUGCUGCAAGACAUUGAAGCCCCAAUGUUUCAAAGCAUUACAGAAAGUUGUAGCAGCUUGAAUUCUGAUAGUCCAGAGAGUUUUGUUAAAAGAGUUAGUGGAAGAAAUAAUAUUAUGUCUGAUACAAUUACAAUAAUUGAUUCAAGUAAUGACAAUAAAAAUGCUACUUAUUGUAUGGACAAUACAAUUACUACGAAUCUCAAUGGGACUUAUAGACGCACCCCAAAACAUAAUGGCACAUUUAGGAAAAGCGAUUUUAAAAAUAAUAGAUUGAGUCUCAAAGAAUCUGUACCAGAAAGAAGAUUGUCAUCUUCAGAAGAAGGAAGCUCUGAUCUGAAUACUUUACAAACAAAGGAGGAAACUAAAAAGUCUUCCUUAGGUUCAGCUGACAGUUUAGAUAGAAUGAGCAGUCUAUCUAGUAGCAGUAAAGGUUCGAAUAAGGUACUGAGCAUGGAAGAUGUUCAAGUCAUUGUAGAGAUGCAAGAGAGAAGCUUGAUGUCAACCCCAAAAGCCCCAAUACGCACCAAAAAACUAUGGGAAACAAACUUUAUUUCGCCAAUAGUUGCCUCCAACAAGGAAGCCUUAUCCGAUUCUGAGGAUUAUAAACCAAAAAAUCUCCCUUUAAAAAGCGUACCGAACAAAAUACGUGCCUCCUACAGCAAUAUAAGUACCCUUAAAACUACAGCUUUGGGCGGGUCCCAUCAAAACCUCUACAGACCGAGCAAUUUGAAAACAAUGGGUACCAAAUUGAAAGGGUCUUAUACUAGCUUAAGGCCUAUUAGUGCCAAUUUGCCAGUGGUACCGCCUUUGAACGGUAAUGGUGACAGUACGUUUGUAAAACCUCAAAUACCCAAAGCAAGUGGUUUGCCAAGGCCUACGGGAAUUCCUAGGCCUGCGUCUAGAAUUCCUGGUCCUCGAAACUUAAAGUAAUCAAAAAUUUGCAGCAGAUUAACAACUAUUACUAAAAAAAUCUUUGUGCCUUAAACUCCCUUCAAUAUUAUACUAUAGUAAUUAUUGUACACAUACAUAUCUGAUAAAUUGAAUAUAUAGUAAAUUAUUUGUGAUAAAAAUGAAAAAUAAUAUUGUAAAUUGUCCUAUUUAUAUAUAUGACUGAUUUUAUAUACAUUGGCCUAUAGUAGUAUUGUACAAUUUUAUUUAGUGCCUUCUUUAAAAAAUGCUUCUUAUAACAGGGUAUAGUACGCACAUAUAAGGUUGCCCAUAUUGUCUAAAAUCAAAAAAAAAGUCUGACCCUCUAUAUAAAUGUUUUACAAUAUUUAUAUUAAUACACAAGUGUGUUAAUCUUAUUAAUUUUUCUACUACCCUACUUGUGCUCAAUAAAGAACCGUUUAUUUAAUACCAA